GAAUUGUCGUCCUUUCCUAGCACAGCCUCUACAUCACAGGAAGACCAUGAAAGCAAUUCAGAAUCCACUUCCUCGAGGAAAUUGAGGGUAACUCUGUUAAGCAGUGAAUGGAGAUCAACAAAAGGAGGCUUGUCAACCAUCAACCGAGAGCUGGCCAUUCAGUUGGCAAAACACCCCAAAGUGGAUGUCAGUGUUUAUCUCCCUCAGUGCAGCAAAGAGGAUAAACAAGUUGCUGCAAGUCACAGUGUUACUCUCAUUGAAGCAGAAGAAAUGCCAGGUUUAGAACCCAAUUUCUGGUUGUCUUGUCUGCCAGAAAACCAUGCAGUGGACUGUGUGAUAGGACAUGGGGCCGUUCUUGGUCGGUAAGUGCAGAUUCUGAAACGAAUUCAUCACUGCAAGUGGUUUCAGGUCGUUCACACAGCUCCUGAGGAGCUUGGUAUGUACAAGUCCUACACAGAUGCCAUUUCAAGAGGUGAGAAAAAGCACCAGGCUGAGGUUAAAGUCUGUGAAAAAGCUGAUCAAGUUGUAGCUGUUGGUCCCAAACUGGCUGAAGCUUUCUCAGGUUAUCUCCGUGCCAGUGGAAAAGAUCAGGAUGUUCUUAAUCUUACCCCAGGCAUCUUCUCUGAGUUUUCUGAUGUAAAGCAAGCCACUGAAGAAAGAAAAAUAUUCAGUGUUUUAGUGUUUGGACGUGGUGACAAUGAAGACUUUCAGUUGAAAGGUUAUGACAUCGCUGCUCGUGCUAUUGCUGAGUUGAAAGCCGAGCCACAGCCCUAUAAGCUGUUGUUUGUUGGAGCUCCAAGUGGAGAAGAGGAGAAAGUAAAAGAUUUGUUACUCCAGCAAGGCAUUGAUCGUAGUCAAUUAACUGUACGUUGUUUCAAUGAAAGCAGAGAGCAGUUAGCCCGAUUGUUUUGUGAAGUUGAUCUUGCUAUAAUGCCAUCACGAACUGAGGGCUUUGGUCUUACCGCCCUUGAGGCUUUAUCUGCUGGUCUGCCUGUGCUGGUCAGUGGGAACUCUGGUCUUGGCGAAGCCUUACAGGGAGUUCCGAAUGGUUCAAAUUGUGUGGUGGAAUCAGAAGAUCCUAAAGACUGGGCCAAUGCAAUCAAAGCUGUUCGGAAGAAAAACAGGAAGCUGCGAUUGAGAGAGGCCAAGCUUCUUCAAGGAGAGUAUGCCGAGAUGUACAGCUGGCAGGAUCACUGUAACAAACUUGUGGAACGAAUGCUUGCCAUUUCUCAAGGUAACAGGUUCGCGUAGUUAAUAUUUAAAUUGGUCUUUAUAAUGUGCACUGCUGGCGUUAGGAAAUGUUCUCGCAAUUACAAUGACAACAGUAGUGAGAACCUCACCUCAACAAAUUUUUCCAUGUCUUUUAAUAACUCCACCCGAGAAGUCCGCCUACAUUUGACAAAUCGAAAGAGUUGUUAAAUAUCGCGAUACCUUUUAAAGAACACAUAUCUACUUUUUUGUGACGUCUUAUUCCCGACCCUGAGGUUCAGAAGUAAAUAAUUGUAUUGCUACCCUUUUUGUAGGUCUUAAUACAGAUGAGCAGAAUUUAUCUAAGAAAGCGGCGGUGAUCUGUCAAGAUGAAAAACCCUCUCCUUCUAAAAAACGUCUCCAUAAAUUCACAAAUAGGAAAAGACCUCUGGGAUAG